UGGUGUCUGACGGAAAGGAACUUCAUUCUCCAAAGUAGCUUCAAAUGGAAGAAUGCUUUCUAUUAUUGUUGAAGUUACACGGCACAAACUUUGGGGGAUACGAGAUGGUUUUGCAGGAGAGAAAAUUUUGCAUUAUUCAAUUGAAACCUGUUGAAGGAUCCGGCUAGAUCAGCCCCAAAGUCCUUCCUUUCCCCCCCAUCACUAGAGCAGCCCUUGCCAGCCCUCAGUCUUUGGCCCCAGGAAAGCUCCAUCCUGCAGGGUUGUGCCAGUAAUUUUCCUCAGUGAGACCCAAGUCAAAGGAAUCUAUUUUUCUGUCCUCUGUCAUAGCAGCCAGCAACGCGCCUGAAGCUCUGGUGUUCCUUGGCCCCUUCCUGAACAUUUCCAGAUCGGCCCUGUGGUGCAAAGCCUCCAGAAAUCUUCCAGAGUAACGGAGCUGGCCCGUCUUCCAGUUCCAGGCAAGCCACAGAGAGAAAGAGAGAGAGAGAGAGAAAGAAAAUUGCAUCAAUGUGCAAGGUGGAUGAGUUGCCUUCCAGCCUCACCCUCCAAGUACCUCCUUCAGCUGGAGAGAGAAACUUGUUUGUCUGCUCUCAGAAAACUCCCACACAACACAACACAACACAACACAACACAAGGUGUUGGGAACAGGAGUAGCCUCCCGAAACUUAUUUUCUGAGACUUCUGUUCCCAGCCUUGGACUCAGCAGAUAAGACAACUGCUUGCGGUGGAAGUGGGACCUCUCUUCCGGCAGUUUCACCAGCCUGGUUCCAGCACAAAGAAGGAACGGUAUCUCAACAGCUAGACUUUCUCCCUGGAUCCCAACCUCUUUGCAAAAUAUUUACUUUAGGGAAAAGCUCCAUGUUUUCCUCUCCUAACUGAAGCGAACAAACAGAACUCCUGCUGGACUCAAACCCAGAGCAGGAGCGCCGGGACAGAGCUGCCUUUCCCCAAAGAAGAAGGGGAUCCGACUUGCUCCUUCUCUUUCGUGUCCCCGCAGAUCCACGCGCUAGGGCAGGCGAGGCAGCUGGCAGUCAGGACGAGCAGCAGCGAUGGAGCCGAGUGGUACCGUCCCCCCGUCUCCACCCCACAGCAGCUGGACUGCCUUCCCCCAGCGGACCUUGGAGGCUGUGGAUAUCAUUGUCCUGGUUUUGUACUUCAUCUUUGUGUUGGCUGUGGGCCUGUGGUCCAUGUGGAAGACAAAGCGAAGCACCGUCAAGGGUUACUUCCUUGCUGGAGGCGAGAUGGUUUGGUGGCCGGUGGGAGCUUCCCUGUUUGCCAGUAAUGUUGGCAGCGGGCAUUUCAUCGGCUUGGCUGGCUCUGGGGCGGCUUCUGGAAUUGCUGCCACGGCCUAUGAAUGGAAUGGGAUGUUUUGUGUCCUGGUGCUGGCGUGGCUGUUCGUUCCCAUCUACCUUGCAAGCGGGGUUACAACCAUGCCAGAGUAUUUGCAGAGACGGUUUGGUGGCAAAAGGAUUCAGAUCUUCCUUGCAAUUCUCUACUUGUUUAUCUAUAUAUUCACCAAAAUUUCAGUUGACAUGUAUGCUGGGGCUCUCUUCAUCCAACAGGCCUUGCACUGGGACCUCUACAUAGCAGUCAUUGGUUUGCUGGUCAUCACUGCAAUUUACACUGUGGCAGGUGGCUUGGCAGCAGUGAUUUACACGGACACCCUGCAGACGGUUAUCAUGUUGGCUGGCGCACUCACCCUAAUGGGCUUCAGUUUUGCCAAAGUCGGAGGCCUUGAGGACCUGAAGAACAGAUACUUCAAAGCCAUUGCAAGCAACCACUAUGGAAACACCAGCUGCGGCUUGCCAAGAGAGGAUGCCUUCCACAUAUUCCGGGACCCUGUCACAUCCGACUUUCCCUGGCCAGGAAUCCUAGUGGGAAUGACCAUCCCGUCUUUGUGGUACUGGUGCACUGACCAGGUCAUCGUCCAACGAUCUCUGGCAGCGAAGUCUCUCUCUCACGCCAAGGGUGGUGCCCUGCUGGCCUCCUACUUGAAGAUCCUGCCCCUCUUCAUGAUGGUCUUGCCUGGCAUGAUCAGCCGCAUCCUCUUCCCAGAUCUAGUGGCCUGUGCUGACCCCAAAUCCUGUAAAGAGAUCUGUGGCAAUCCAUCUGGAUGUUCGGAUAUUGCGUACCCUAAACUCGUCAUCGAGCUUCUGCCACUGGGACUAAGAGGGCUUAUGAUGUCGGUCAUGAUCGCAGCGCUGAUGUCCUCUUUGACAUCCAUCUUCAACAGUGCAAGUACCAUUUUCACCAUGGAUCUUUGGCGACAUCUUCGACCUCUGUCUUCUGAAUGGGAGCUCAUGAUUGUUGGCAGGGUGUUUGUUCUACUCCUUGUCAUCAUUUCCAUUCUGUGGAUCCCGCUGGUGCAGGCCAGCCAAGGUGGGCAGCUCUUCAUCUACAUCCAGACCAUCAGCUCUUACCUGCAGCCGCCGGUGGCCAUCGUGUUUAUCCUCGGAUGCUUCUGGAAGCGGACAAACGAGAAGGGGGCAUUUUGUGGCCUGUUGGUCGGCAUGGUGAUAGGCCUGAUCCGGAUGGUUUUGGAUUUCGUCUACCUGCAGCCGGGCUGUGGGGAGUCAGAUGACCGGCCAGCCGUGGUGAAAUACGUGCAUUAUCUCUAUUUCUCUAUGAUUCUGGGAGUGAUCACACUCAUCGUAGUGGUGGCUGUCAGCCUCUUGACGGAACCCCCUCCGGAGGAAAUGAUCAGCCGCCUCACCUGGUUUACCCGCAAGGAUGUUCCAAGAAAACAGGAUGUACCAAUUGCAUCGUUAUCCAUCCCAGUCAAAGGAAUCCAUGAGGUUGGUCCUUCUCCCGCAGGGCAGCUGGAAAUCGCGGAUGGUCCAGAAAACACUUGCAAAAACCUCUCAGGUUCUUUGGACACAGAGAAGACAGAGAAGAAGUCUAAGUUCAUGAGCCUCUUUUUGUGGGUCUGUGGGAUGGAGAGGAGAGGUAAUAAGGACUCACCCGGGACCGCUGCCGAACCCAAAGCUGGAGUCACGCCCACGGCUACCCUUGACGAGCCACCUCUGGUGAAGCACAUCCUCAACAUCAACCUGAUCCUGUGCAUCAGCGCCGGAGUCUUUCUCUGGGCCUACUUUGCAUAGCAUCGGACCCUGCCAGCCAUUGCAGAGACGCUCUUAAGUGCUUUGGGGCUUCCAUGCCUGGGGAUGCCAUCAAGAACAAGGAGCAUCAAAAGAGAAGAUGACGUGGCGAUCCUGCACAUUAUACGGUUUUUUUUGUAUCCCAUAAGAAAAAAAUGGUAGAAUUAUGUGAAGAAUUCUGCCUUGGCUGGGUCAGGGCAGCGAAGGAAAGACGAAGCCCCUUUGUUGUAAACGUUGCACAUUCAGUGCAUGUAAAAACAAAACAAAACCAGUGUUGCACUUUUGACUGUUUUAUUUCCCAUGGAUGCUCUUGGAUCAGAAUCAAAAACCAACAGCAUUCCGUGAAGGGAUUCGUGAAGCUCU